AGAAGGCUUGUUUUGAAAUCUGUUCAGAUAUUUGGAGAUUUUCCAGGCUUGCUUGCAAAUUGUUCAAGACUUGAGGACUUAGAGAUCAUCAGGUGUUCUGGUGUGGAUGACUUCAUCGUACCAAACAGACUCGAUAAACUUCAAAAUUUGCUGAUUGCUGGAACGGAUGUCCAGAUGGUUGUUAUUCAUGCAGCUGAUCUUGCUCAUUUUGAGUAUGAAGGACGACUGAUCCCUAUAGUGCUUCAUGGUUGCUCAAAAUUAGAGAAGGCAACAAUUGCGUUUGAUACCACUAAUCCUUAUGCACUGGCCCAUGCAUUCAAUAUAAUUCCAAGCAUUUCCCCAGUGAAGAUAUUAAUUGUGCGAGCUAUUAUAUCAACAUAUGCACAGUCCCUGGAGCUGCCAUUAAGACCACAGGGCAUGUUUAUGCAUCUGAGGCAUAUGACUUGUCAAAUUGUCGUCUAUUGUAGAGAAUUAAAUGAAGAUAAUGGACUUCUUCAACUGGCCCAUUGGUUGGACGCUGCACCCCGACUGGAGACGUUGCACUUGCAUAUGCACUAUCUGAGUCCCGGUGCUUUCUUCAGUGCCGAGGUGGCGGGAGCGGAAGGUCCCUGUAUGUGUCGCCAUGAUCAUCUUAAGACGGUCUUCAUGGGUGGGUUUCAGUGUUACAAGUCUCAGAUUGAGCUGGCGUGCUCUAUCUUGGGAAAUGCUUUUGUUCUUGAGCAGCUGACAAUCGAACCAAGGCUCACAGAAGCAAUAUGGGGUGAUAAGUCUUACCAGUGGAAUAUAGGCCUUGAAAGAAUUUUACCAAGGGUCUGUGAAUGGGCACAGCGAACCUCGAAGCGCUUUGGUAAGGUGAUCACCGUCUUAGAUGCCCCCUUUCACAGUGAGUAAACCAAUCCUUUUCGCAUCUACGCGCUGUCAAUUAAUCUUGUGUAGUCUGCAGUAUGCAGCAUUCAGUGUAGCUGGGAGAAUGCCCCUGUAGAGUGUAGUGACUGUUUUGGUGUCUAUAAAUGGAAUCCAUAGGGCUUUGCCCCUCUUAAUAAAAAACA